AUGGAACGGCCUCCGUCGCUUUUGCCGUACAUCUACUGCGCGACGUCGUGUAUGCUGAUGAUAUCGACGAUGACGACCGCCGCGACGGUUACCGUUAACGUUACACAUCUGUGCGAUACACGGCCCGCAGUAGCCUCGGCUCGGCCUACCACCGACAUUGGUAUGACGUAUUUGUCACCACCUAAUGAGAACCUGACGACUAGCCGGUCAUCGUCGCUGCCGCCUACCGAAAACCCGACAUCUUGGUCGUCAUCGACUGCUACCGAAAACCUAACGUCUAGGUCGACAUCACGACCUAUUGAAAACCUAACGUCUUGGUCGUCGCCACCACUUACCGAAAACCUUAAGUCUUGGUCGACGUCGGCGCCUGUUGAAAACCUUACGUCUCGGUUGUCGUCGCCAUCUUUCGAAAACCAGACAACAGUGUCGCCGUUGCUAUCUACCGAAAACUUAUUAUCAGUGCCGUCACCGCCACUUACCGGCAACCGGACGUCGUCGUCACCAACUAUUGACAACCGGACAUCGUCGUCACCACCUAUCGACAACCGGACUUCGUCGUCGCCACCCACGGACGACCAGACGUCGUCAGCGGCCCGUAUAACCGAGUUCCUGUUAGCCGUCCGUAAACCGGGGAUUAUGGGUUUCACGUAUGCCAGCCGGACCGCCGUGCAGAGGAGAUCGUCCUCGUCGCCGGACGCGUCCGCCGGACCAGUGGCACUCGAGCAGAUUGCAGCGUUCCCCAGUGCCAAGUUCCGAGAGAACGUCAAGCUAGACCAACAGACGUCGAGGUCCGACAGCGGCGAAGGAUCAGGGACCGUGGCCGCGAUCGACCUGUUCGGUGUAGGGAUCGUGGUCGGUGACGUCGGGCUCCGGUUUAUCGGCGUGGCCGAGGACGCGGUCAUGUGGCACAGUAUGCCUGCCGAGCUCAUUCUUGACCUCUUCAGCAAUCCGUAUGAAUGGGACAUCGUGGCGAAAAAAAUACUACCGUACGAAUGGCCACUGGCUGUGGUCUGCGCCUUAAUGAUAUUCUGCGGUCUGAUACUAGCACGAUACGGCGUGUAUUGGCAGAGACGGUACAAAGAGGCUAAGUGGUUAGGAGACACUGGCUGGGAGUCGGGUUGCAAAAAGGGUGUGCUGGUCAUUGCCAUUCAAAUGCUUCUACUUAUGUUAGGAGCCGGUGCUUGCGGACUGCUGGUAACGAACGAGACCAUGGGAUCUGCCGUGUCAAGCGUUGGAGACCUAUUAGAAUUUGGUGUCGGUGAUUUGGUGGACAUGUUCUCCAUCACUCAAAAACAAAUCAGGACCAUAACAGUCGGAUCGAUGGAUUCGACGACCGAUGUGAUUUUCUCAAAAUUAGACGACAUAGCUGAACAAUUGGGAGGACCAAUCGAAAAUGAUAUAUAUGGCCCUAGUCAUAGAUUUGGUUCCAGGAACAAUGUUUCUAGAGUAGUUCAAGACUUCCAGAAGAUAUUUCCAAAAGCAAGGGAUGUAAUUUCCCAAGCCGAAUUAGUCAGAGAAGACAUUAUUAGGUACAACAAACAAAUUAUCGAACUGAACGUUGAACUUCAAAUGGUACCCGAACGAUGCCCUCUUGAAGUUUCCGCCAUGUGUGAUAUGAUAUCCGGUAACAAAUUGCACCCAGAGAAUUAUACUUACUUGGAUGAUUUGAUAAAUGUAGUUAGAGGAGUUUUAGAAGUAGAAAACGACGGGCUAUCGAGUCUACCAUUAACGUCGGCCGAAAGUGCCAACAUUCCAAAGGCUAUAUACGAACAGACCGAAAAAGAGAGAUGGCGUAUAAAACAAGCUUUGAUGGAUCGCAGACGUCAAUUAGAAUUUUCAAUAUAUCCUUAUGAAAGUCAUACGCGUAAACUCGUUUCAAAACUAAUGGACAUGAAAGAGACAGCUAACAAUUACAUUAUGCGCCUAAAACAAAUAGAGGCGUAUAGGUGGUCAGCUAGUAUUGGAAUAGCAAUCGCUGCACUUUUAGUUUGGAUUUUAUUAGCAUGCAGUAUUGUGGUAAAUUAUUGUUCCCACACGACUUGGGCAAAAUGCUACUUCUUUGGCUGCGUGAGUACAAUGAGAUUGACCAGUUUGGUACUUUGGACAUCGGCAUUAGUGGGUUUAAUAUUAAGCAGCAACGGUGAAGUAAAUAUUUGCAGACCAUUAUAUGACGAACCUAUGUACGAAACCGUUACAAAAAUAAUGGAUUGCCCGGCCAUAACAAAUGAACGUGGAUUUUUUUCCUGGUUCAUCUUUGGAAAUGAAACAUCCACGGCUCCGUUCAACGAAGUCAUCGAAUCGUGCAGAGAAAAUCGUACGGCUCACGCAACAUUUAAUUUAAACAAAGUGUUUAACGUGGACGCAAGUUCAGAUUACAACAAAUGGCCAGGUCUUAUGGAUGCUCUAGAUAGUCUCAAAACCAAAAGGGUCCGCGUAGAAUUGGAUUUAAACAGACCACCGUCCACGGCCGACGCAUUGAGACCGAUUGCCGAAUCAACAAACUUGGACUUUGAAAAGUUUCGAAGUCUCAUUUUGGAGUCUUCGUUGGCUCUUGGACGCGUGACUUUGCUACGCGAUCAACUCCGUGCACUUUCAACACAAACCGCCUCUUUCUCCACCAUGUUUAAAAUGACAUUGAAGCGUGUAGUGACAAAUAUUACAGAUUUAGUCGAAAAUGUGAUGAGCCCAAUGAGUCAGAAGAAAAAUAUUUUACUAUAUCAUUUAACAUUGAUGGAAGUCGAAAUGCAACCGCUAUCAGAAUCUUUAAACCGGACUUGGGCAAACGCGUAUACUAGAAUCGAAAAUUCCGAUUUCGAUCAAAUACUGCGAAAGAAUAUGGCUCAAUACACAAACAAUUUGAAAGUGCUGUUGGACAAAUAUAAGGUUCACGUAACUGAAGCAGUAAAAACAGAAGCGGCAUCGUGCAGACCCGUAUGGAAUGUGUAUCGAAUUGGAAGAGAUUUAGUUUGCAGGCAAGCUUUGGACGCCUUGAAUGGAUUUUGGCUUAUAUGUUUUUUCAUCGCAAUGUCGGUUACCGUCGCAAUACCAGUCGUGAAAAAUUUGAAAAUAUUUCAUAAGUCUCCGCUAACUUCUAUGUCACUUUAUACCAUACCUCCACCACCAGCAAUGGAACUUAUGAGCACGAGUAGUUAA